AUGGAUAUCAGGGCAGGAGUGGUGUUUGUGUUGUUGAGCGUGCGGGGGCAAGUAAAUGAAGUUCAACUCGAUCAUUAUCAUACACUGUACUCUAAUCGCCGCGACACACAUACUAGUGUACCGAUCAGACUCAGGUGUCCACGUCCCUGGCGGCUCGUAGAUAGCAUUCUGUGUUAA